UCAGACGUAGAGAGAGAGAGAGAGAGAGAGAGAGCGAGAGGAAAUGGGGGAUUUAUAUGCUUUGGAUUUUGAUGGAGUUUUGUGUGAUAGCUGUGGAGAGAGCUCUCUCUCUGCUGUGAAGGCUGCUAAAGUGAGAUGGCCAAGUCUAUUCAACGGUGUGGAUUCAACUUUGGAGGAUUGGGUUGUUGAGCAGAUGCACAUAGUGAGGCCUGUGGUGGAAACUGGAUAUGAGAAUCUAUUGCUUGUGAGGUUGCUGCUGGAGGCGAGAAUCCCUUCUAUACGAAAGUCAUCGGUCGCGGAAGGGAUUACAGUGGAGGGGAUAUUGGAGAAGUGGUCAGAGCUGAAGCCUGUGAUUAUGGAAGAGUGGGGGGAGGAGAGGGAUGCUCUUAUUAAUCUUUUUGGGAAGGUCAGGGAUGAGUGGAUGGAUGAGGACCUAACAACUUGGAUUGGUGCAAAUAGAUUAUAUCCAGGUGUUCCUGAUGCUCUAAAAUUUGCAAGCUCAACCAUAUACAUUGUCACCACAAAACAGAGCCGAUUUGCUGAUGCUUUACUGCGAAAACUUGCUGGAGUUACAAUACCGCCUGAAAGAAUAUUUGGUCUUGGAAGUGGUCCCAAGGUAGAAGUAUUGAAGCAGCUUCAAAAGAAACCAGAACAUCAGGGGCUGAAACUGCACUUUGUCGAAGAUCGACUGGCAACCCUAAAGAAUGUGAUCAAAGAACCUGAAUUGGAUGGUUGGAAUUUGUAUCUAGGGGAUUGGGGGUACAAUACACAGAAGGAGAGGGAGGAGGCAGCUACAAUUCCCAGGAUUCGGAUCCUUGAGCUUCCUGACUUCAGUAAGAAGUUGAAGUAGCUUCUUUUCAUACUGUUCUUCUUCUUAUUCCCUAUCCAGCUGUGAAUGUAUUAAUUCAUUUAAAAUGCAAACGACAAACUUCAUUAUCAGAGACUUAGAAUCUUACAGUCAGAAAUUUUAUGUACUUCCUCUGUUGUGAUCUGUUGAACAGAAUUUGUCUCCUUUUAAACAAAGAAGCUGAGUAUUAUUGAAUUUGCUUCUGGGUUUUCAUUCUAA